GGCGCGCAGGGCUGGGCCGGGCCGCCGCCGCGCCUAAACGCCGUACCACCCUUGCUCGGCCUGCGGCGCCCACGCCUGCACCCAACCUGGCCGGGCGGCUGCGGAGGGCGCAGGCCAGGAGCGCAGGGGCCCGUCGGAGCGCGGGGCAGCGCGGAGGCAGUGCCGCGCGACCGGCCAGGCCCGGCACCCGCAGCUUCCCCGCCCGCCUGCCGGCGCGACCCGAAGGCCGGAGCCAUGGAAUCGGAGGAGGAGCAGCACAUGACCACGCUGCUAUGCAUGGGCUUCUCGGACCCUGCCACUAUCCGCAAGGCCCUGCGCCUGGCCAAGAACGAUAUCAACGAGGCAGUGGCGCUGCUCACCAACGAGCGGCCGGGCCUAGACUACGGCGGCUACGAGCCCAUGGACAGCGGCGGCGGCCCCAGCCCCGGGCCUAGCGGGGGCCCGCGGGGUGACGGCGGGGGUGACGGCGGCGGCGGCCCCUCCCGCGGCGGGAGCACCGGAGGUGGGGGCGGCUUCGACCCCCCGCCCGCCUACCACGAGGUGGUGGACGCCGAGAAGAAUGAUGAAAAUGGAAAUUGCUCAGGGGAAGGAAUUGAAUUCCCUACAACAAACUUAUACGAACUGGAAAGCCGUGUUUUGACUGAUCAUUGGUCCAUCCCUUAUAAGCGGGAGGAAUCACUAGGCAAAUGCCUGUUAGCAUCUACCUACCUAGCAAGACUUGGUAAGUUCUCAGAUUUCAGAACACCUGAGGUUUUGUUUAAAAAACUUCUGACAUCAAGUGCUGUUCACAAGUGGGGUACUGAAAUUCAUGAAGGAAUCUACAAUAUGUUGAUGCUAUUAAUAGAACUGGUUGCAGAGAGAAUAAAACAAGAUCCAAUUCCCAUUGGUCUCCUGGGUGUGCUUACAAUGGCUUUCAAUCCUGAUAAUGAAUACCAUUUUAAAAACAGAAUGAAAGUGUCUCAAAGGAAUUGGGCAGAAGUGUUUGGAGAGGGAAAUAUGUUUGCUAUUUCACCUGUAUCAAGUUUCCAAAAGGAACCUCAUGGAUGGGUUGUGGAUUUAGUAAAUAAGUUUGGAGAAUUAGGUGGAUUUGCAGCAAUCCAAGCAAAGCUCCACUCAGAAGAUAUAGAGCUUGGGGCAGUCUCUGCAUUGGUGCAACCCUUAGGGGUGUGUGCAGAAUACCUCAACUCCUCAGUGGUACAGCCCAUGCUAGACCCAGUCAUCCUUACUACAAUUCAGGAUGUGCGGAGCGUGGAGGAAAAGGACCUCAAGGACAAGAGAUUGGUUAGCAUCCCCGAGCUCUUGUCUGCCAUUAAGUUACUUUGCAUGCGCUUCCAACCGGAUCUGGUGACUGUCGUGGACGACCUUCGACUAGACAUCUUACUACGCAUGCUGAAAUCACCACAUUUUAGCGCUAAAAUGAAUUCCCUCAAAGAAGUAACCAAACUAAUAGAAGACAGCACUUUAUCCAAAUCUGUGAAGAAUGCAAUAGAUACAGACAGAUUGUUAGAUUGGCUAGUUGAAAACUCAGUUCUGUCAAUUGCAUUGGAAGGCAACAUAGACCAAGCCCAGUACUGUGAUCGCAUAAAGGGAAUCAUUGAACUCUUGGGCAGUAAAUUGUCUUUAGAUGAGCUCACUAAAAUUUGGAAGAUACAGUCAGGACAAUCAUCUACCGUGAUCGAGAACAUUCAUACUAUUAUUGCUGCAGCAGCUGUCAAAUUUAAUUCAGAUCAGCUUAAUCAUUUGUUUGUUCUCAUUCAGAAGAGCUGGGAAACUGAGAGCGAUAGAGUAAGACAGAAGCUAUUGAGCCUGAUUGGACGAAUAGGCCGGGAAGCUCGCUUUGAGACCACUUCUGGAAAGGUGUUAGAUGUACUCUGGGAACUGGCCCAUCUUCCAACGCUGCCCAGUGGCCUUAUUCAGCAAGCCUUGGAUGAACACCUGACAAUUCUUAGUGACGCAUAUGCAGUGAAAGAAGCGAUCAAGAGGAGCUACAUCAUCAAAUGCAUAGAGGACAUUAAAAGGCCUGGAGAAUGGUCAGGUUUGGAAAAAAACAAGAAGGAUGGAUUCAAGUCAUCUCAGCUUAAUAAUCCCCAAUUUGUAUGGGUGGUACCAGCUUUGCGUCAGCUCCAUGAAAUCACCCGUUCAUUCAUAAAACAAACCUAUCAAAAGCAAGACAAGAGCAUUAUUCAAGACUUGAAGAAAAAUUUUGAAAUAGUGAAAUUGGUAACGGGAAGUUUGAUAGCUUGUCAUCGACUUGCAGCAGGUGUGGCUGGACCUGGAGGCUUAACUGGGUCAACACUAGUGGAUGGUCGAUACACUUACCGGGAGUAUUUAGAGGCCCAUCUAAAAUUUCUGGCAUUUUUCUUGCAAGAAGCUACUCUUUAUCUGGGUUGGAAUCGUGCCAAGGAAAUCUGGGAGUGUCUUGUGACGGGCCAGGAUGUGUGUGAAUUAGAUAGAGAGAUGUGUUUUGAAUGGUUUACGAAAGGGCAGCAUGAUCUCGAGAGUGACGUUCAGCAGCAGCUCUUCAAGGAGAAAAUUCUGAAAUUGGAGUCAUACGAAAUCACUAUGAAUGGUUUUAACUUAUUUAAGACUUUUUUUGAAAAUGUGAAUCUCUGUGAUCAUCGAUUGAAAAGACAAGGAGCUCAGUUGUAUGUAGAAAAGCUGGAAUUGAUAGGAAUGGAUUUCAUUUGGAAAAUAGCCAUGGAAUCACCUGAUGAAGAAAUUGCAAAUGAAGCUAUUCAGUUAAUCAUAAACUAUAGUUACAUUAAUCUAAAUCCUAGGUUAAAAAAGGAUUCUGUAUCAUUACAUAAGAAAUUCAUUGCUGAUUGCUACACAAGAUUAGAAGCAGCCAGUUCAGCACUUGGUGGCCCCACUCUAACACAUGCUGUGACCAGAGCAACAAAAAUGCUUACAGCAACUGCCAUGCCAACUGUAGCAACAUCAGUUCAGUCUCCAUAUAGAUCCACUAAACUUGUAAUAAUUGAGAGAUUGCUACUCCUGGCAGAACGCUAUGUGAUCACUAUAGAGGAUUUUUAUUCUGUUCCACGAACUAUUCUACCUCAUGGUGCCUCAUUUCAUGGACAUCUUUUAACUCUUAAUGUUACUUAUGAGUCUACCAAAGAUACCUUUACUGUAGAGGCUCACAGCAAUGAAACCAUAGGGAGUGUCCGGUGGAAGAUAGCCAAGCAGUUGUGCUGUCCUGUGGAUAAUAUACAGAUAUUUACAAAUGAUAGUCUGCUGACAGUGAAUAAAGAUCAAAAGCUACUGCACCAACUGGGCUUUUCUGAUGAACAAGUCCUUACAGUGAAGACUUCUGGCAGUGGGACCCCCUCUGGGAGCUCAGCAGAUUCCUCCACCAGCUCCAGCAGCAGCAGCAGUGGGGUUUUCAGUUCAUCAUAUGCCAUGGAGCAGGAGAAAUCCCUUCCUGGUGUCGUGAUGGCACUUGUAUGUAAUGUAUUUGACAUGCUGUACCAGCUUGCCAAUCUAGAGGAGCCAAGGAUAACUCUACGAGUCCGAAAGCUUCUGCUCUUGAUACCCACUGAUCCAGCCAUUCAGGAAGCCCUUGAUCAACUUGAUUCUUUAGGAAGAAAGAAAACAUUGCUGUCUGAAACAAGUUCUCAGUCUUCAAAAUCUCCAUCCCUGUCUUCAAAGCAACAGCAUCAGCCAAGCGCUAGUUCAAUUUUAGAAAGUCUAUUUCGAUCUUUUGCUCCAGGAAUGUCUACCUUCAGAGUGCUCUACAACUUAGAAGUUCUAAGCUCCAAACUCAUGCCAACUGCUGAUGAUGACAUGGCAAGAAACUGUGCAAAAUCCUUCUGUGAGAACUUCCUCAAAGCAGGAGGUUUGAGUUUGGUUGUGAAUGUCAUGCAGAGGGACUCCAUCCCAUCAGAAGUCGACUAUGAAACAAGGCAGGGAGUUUAUUCCAUCUGUCUACAACUCGCAAGAUUUUUACUUGUCGGACAAACAAUGCCCACGUUACUAGAUGAAGACCUCACCAAAGAUGGCAUAGAAGCACUUUCUUCUCGCCCAUUCCGAAACGUCAGCCGGCAGACCAGCAGGCAGAUGUCCUUAUGUGGUACCCCGGAAAAGUCAUCCUACCGACAGCUGUCAGUAUCUGAUAGGUCUUCUAUUAGGGUUGAGGAAAUCAUCCCUGCUGCACGAGUUGCAAUACAAACCAUGGAAGUAACUGAUUUCACGUCUACUGUGGCCUGUUUCAUGAGGCUGUCCUGGGCUGCAGCUGCGGGACGACUCGACCUUGUGGGGAGUAGCCAACCAAUUAAAGAAAGUAAUUCUCUCUUUCCUGCUGGGAUUCGAAACAGACUCAGCAGUUCAGGAAGCAAUUGCAGCUCUGGAAGCGAAGGAGACCCAGUGGCCCUGCAUGCCGGCAUCUGUGUGCGACAGCAGUCUGUGUCCACCAAAGACUCACUGAUUGCUGGGGAGGCUUUGUCUCUUCUCGUUACCUGCCUGCAGCUCCGGAGCCAGCAACUGGCAUCUUUCUAUAACUUGCCCUGUGUUGCUGAUUUUAUCAUUGAUAUUCUGCUUGGAUCACCAAGUUCUGAGAUUCGCCGUGUUGCCUGUGAUCAACUGUAUACUCUUAGUCAGACAGACACUUCAGCUUAUCCAGAUGUACAGAAGCCAAAUCAAUUUCUCCUGGGUGUGAUUCUCACAGCUCAGCUGCCUCUCUGGUCCCCAACUAGUAUUAUGAGAGGAGUCAAUCAGAGACUAUUAUCUCAGUGUAUGGAGUAUUUUGAUCUGAGGUGCCAAUUACUAGAUGAUUUGACAACUUCAGAAAUGGAGCAAUUAAGAAUCAGCCCAGCUACCAUGCUCGAAGAUGAGAUUACUUGGCUGGAGAACUUUGAACCUAAUCGCACAGCUGAAUGUGAGACCAGUGAAGCAGACAACAUCUUAUUGGCAGGACACUUACGGCUCAUUAAGACUCUUCUUUCACUCUGUGGAGCAGAAAAGGAAAUGCUUGGUUCAUCACUCAUUAAACCAUUGUUAGAUGACUUCCUUUUCCGAGCUUCUAGAAUUAUUUUAAAUAGUCAUUCUCCAGCUGGCAGUGCCGCCAUCAGUCAACAGGACUUUCAUCCAAAGUGUAGUACAGUGAAUAGCCGAUUGGCAGCCUAUGAAGUCCUCGUAAUGUUGGCUGAUAGCUCACCUUCAAAUCUUCAAAUUAUUACAAAAGAACUACUUUCUAUGCAUCAUCAACCUGACCCUGCUCUUACCAAGGAGUUUGACUACCUUCCCCCAGUGGAUAGCAGGUCCAGUGCAGGGUUUGUGGGGCUGAGGAAUGGUGGUGCCACGUGCUACAUGAACGCAGUCUUCCAGCAGCUGUAUAUGCAGCCUGGCCUCCCUGAGGCCUUACUCUCAGUGGAUGAUGACAUGGACAAUCCAGAUGACAGUGUGUUCUAUCAGGUGCAGUCAUAUGAACGAGAGGAAGCUUUCAUGGCUCUCAAUCUAGGAGUUACUUCUUGUCAGAGUUUGGAAAUUUCUUUGGACCAGUUUGUUAGAGGAGAAGUUCUAGAAGGAAGUAAUGCAUAUUACUGUGAAAAGUGCAAAGAAAAGAGAAUCACAGUGAAAAGGACAUGUAUUAAGUCUUUGCCUAGUGUCUUGGUCAUUCACCUAAUGAGAUUUGGAUUUGACUGGGAGAGUGGACGCUCCAUUAAGUAUGAUGAACAGAUAAGGUUUCCCUGGAUGUUAAACAUGGAGCCUUACACAGUUUCAGGAAUGGCCCGCCAAGAUUCAUCUUCUGAAGUUGGUGAAAACGGACGAAGUAUGGAUCAGGGAGGUGGCGGAUCCCCACGAAAAAAAGUUGCCCUCACAGAAAACUAUGAACUUGUCGGUGUCAUUGUACACAGUGGGCAGGCACAUGCGGGCCACUACUAUUCCUUCAUCAAGGAUAGGCGGGGAUGUGGAAAAGGAAAGUGGUAUAAAUUUAAUGACACAGUUAUAGAAGAAUUUGACCUAAAUGAUGAGACCCUGGAGUAUGAAUGCUUUGGAGGAGAAUAUAGACCAAAAGUUUAUGAUCAAACAAACCCAUAUACUGAUGUUCGCCGAAGAUACUGGAACGCCUAUAUGCUCUUCUACCAAAGAGUAUCUGAUCAGAACUCCCCAGUGUUACCAAAGAAAAGUCGAGUCAGUGUUGUUCGGCAGGAAGCUGAGGACCUCUCUCUGUCAGCACCAUCUUCACCAGAAAUUUCACCUCAGUCAUCUCCUCGGCCCCAUAGGCCUAACAAUGACCGGCUAUCUAUUCUAACCAAGCUGGUUAAAAAAGGCGAGAAGAAAGGACUGUUUGUGGAGAAAAUGCCUGUUCGAAUAUACCAGAUGGUGAGAGAUGAAAACCUCAAGUUUAUGAAGAAUAGAGAUGUGUACAGUAGUGAUUAUUUCAGUUUCGUUUUGUCUCUAGCUUCAUUGAAUGCUACUAAAUUAAAGCAUCCAUACUAUCCUUGCAUGGCAAAAGUGAGCUUACAACUUGCCAUUCAAUUCCUUUUUCAAACUUAUCUACGGACAAAGAAAAAACUCAGGGUUGACACUGAAGAAUGGAUUGCCACUAUUGAAGCAUUACUUUCAAAAAGUUUUGAUGCUUGUCAGUGGCUUGUUGAAUAUUUUAUUAGUUCUGAAGGACGAGAAUUGAUCAAGAUAUUCUUGUUGGAGUGCAACGUGAGGGAAGUACGAGUUGCCGUGGCCACCAUUCUGGAGAAAACCCUAGACAGUGCCUUGUUUUAUCAGGAUAAGUUAAAAAGCCUUCACCAGUUACUGGAGGUACUCCUUGUUCUGUUGGAUAAAGAUGUCCCAGAAAAUUGUAAAAACUGUGCUCAGUACUUUUUCCUGUUCAACACUUUUGUACAAAAGCAAGGUAUUAGGGCUGGAGACCUUCUCCUGAGGCAUUCAGCUCUGCGACACAUGAUCAGCUUUCUGCUGGGGCCCAAUCGACAAAACAACCAGAUACGUCGAUGGAGCUCGGCACAAGCACGAGAAUUUGGGAAUCUUCACAAUACAGUGGCUUUGCUUGUUUUGCAUUCGGAUGUCUCUUCCCAAAGGAAUGUUGCUCCUGGCAUAUUUAAACAACGGCCUCCGGUUAGCAUUGCCCCCUCAAGCCCCCUGCUGCCCCUCCAUGAGGAAGUAGAAGCCUUGCUGUUCUUGUCUGAAGGGAAACCUUACCUGUUAGAGGUAAUGUUUGCUUUACGAGAGCUGACAGGCUCACUCUUGGCGCUCAUUGAGAUGGUGGUGUACUGCUGCUUCUGUAAUGAGCAUUUUUCCUUCACUAUGCUACACUUCAUUAAGAACCAACUAGAAACAGCUCCACCCCAUGAGUUAAAGAAUACGUUCCAUCUACUCCAUGAGAUAUUGGUCAUUGAAGAUCCUAUACAAGUAGAGAGAGUCAAAUUCGUGUUUGAGACAGAAAAUGGAUUACUAGCUCUGAUGCACCACAGUAAUCACGUGGACAGCAGUCGCUGCUACCAGUGUGUCAAAUUUCUCGUAACUCUUGCUCAAAAGUGUCCUGCUGCUAAAGAGUACUUCAAGGAAAAUUCCCACCACUGGAGCUGGGCUGUACAGUGGCUUCAGAAGAAGAUGUCAGAACAUUAUUGGACACCGCAGAGUAAUGUCUCUAAUGAAACAUCAACAGGAAAAACCUUUCAGCGAACGAUUUCAGCUCAGGACACAUUAGCAUAUGCCACAGCUUUGCUGAAUGAAAAAGAGCAAUCAGGAAGCAGUAAUGGCUCAGAGAGCAGUCCCGCAAAUGAGAACGGAGAGAGGCAUUUACAACAGGGUUCAGAAUCACCCAUGAUGAUUGGCGAGUUAAGAAGUGACCUUGAUGACGUCGAUCCCUAGAGGCACGUGCACAGCAAAGAAUGAGGAGUCAAGUCGCAGUUAUGGGAUGCUCAGCACCUUUUUGAAAUCAGAAUCUUGUCCUUGAACCCUUUAGAAGAGCCUGGAGAUGGGACUGGGAGAGCCGGCUGUGGCUCUGGAGGCGUGUGUUGCUGAAGAAAGCGCUCUUAGGCCAGAAGGUUUGGGAGCUGUUUGGCGGUGGGAGAACUCCAGCCUGUGGAUCAGCUGUCCCGGGGCACGAUGCAUAUGUGGAUUAACAUUUCUGUGGAGAUUUCAUGAAAUAAAGCCAAUGGCAGACUUUUUUUGUUACAUGAACAUACAAGAGUGAGUGAGGGUAAAGCUGUUGCUUUCUCUAUGAUGCUACAGAAAAAAAUUCCUUUGGUUUUUAUAUUUUAAAAAAAGCAAGCUGCCUUUAGAUAUGUGGGGACAAAUUUUUAAUCUUGCAGUAACAUUGAUUAGGGAUACCCAAUUUAAAAUGAUGUAAAGAUAUGUGGUAAAAUUCCUUUUCGUUGUAAAAUAGUAAAGAAUUCAGUUUACACAGACCUUUGUAUUUAAUAUGUCUCCCUAUUUGUACAGAAUUUCAGAUGGGUCUGGAUGAGAAGCCCUAGGCAUAAACUUGGAUCUUGAUGAAAUGUUACCAGGAUCAAAAAUUGGGAAAUUACUAAGCUCUUUAAGGUAUUUUUUUCAGAUACAAUUGAGAUUGAAAAGAGCAAUAAAAAAAUAUAAAAAUGCUGUGUUCUCAGAAGUACAGGGUGCAUUCUUUAACAUCAGUCACUAAAGGAGUUAUAAGUUUUUCCCAAAACAAAUUUUAAAAACAGCAAAAUAAAAAGCACUUUAAGAUAUAAUUUUAUUUUGACUUCAUAAAAUCAUCUUUUUAAUGCUUGGAGACAUAUUGAAUAAACUGUAGUCUUAAAUCAUGUGAUCUGCAAUCAUUUGCUUUUGCUUAAACAUAAUUGCUGAAACCCUUGGUACUGGUUGUACAUGAAGUUAAAUAUUUGAGUUGGGAGACACUGCUUUGUGAGUUUCUAGUCAUUUUAAUGCAGACAAGGAAUUUGAGACUGUUUCUACUCAACAUGAGUAAUUAACACUGAAAAGAUAGGGACAGGAUUUAUUUUCCCAGAAAUAACUAGAAAGCAAUUAAACAACCAUCCAUUUAGUUGUAAUUCCCAAGUAUAACACCAUUCACUCAUUCAGGUUAGGUACCAGCUCCCCUUUGCUCAAGUGGAGAUGGAGAUACGCCAACAUGUUUCAUGGACUUUGUAUUUUGAGUUGCCGCAUUCGUUUUCAGUCUUGUUUUGCCUUCAUUUUGAGUUCUACCUUGUUUUCAACUCACCACGCACAGAACUAGGGGAACCUUAGGAAGUGCCAGGUUGCCACUGUCAGAUUUGCCAAGUCAAAGAGGUGCGGCCAGCCCCAAGUGCCUUUUUGGUGGCUUCUGCAUUACAUGGACAUGUGACAGGACAGUCAAGUCUUCCUGGUUGUGCACUGUCAAUAACUCAGUCAUUUUACUACUGAAGGUUGAAGUUACUGUGCAGCCAAUCUGCAGCAUAUAAUCAUGUUGACUUCCUGCAGGAUAGUGGUGGCUUUUGUCAAAGGCAUUGAGUAGAUGGAGGGGCCAGGGGGUACGAGCAGAACUGUGCCCUCAGAGAAAUGGUUGGAGGCAGUUGGCAAAUUUUUUAUGGUUCUGAUGUUCUUGCAAUUUUGAAUGUGAUGUUUUAAAAUUGAUUUUGAGUAUGUAAAUACUCCAUGUCCUACUGUUUUCCUCUACCCCGCCCUUACCCUCCUCCCCAUCACCAUCCUCACCAAACGAUUGUGUGGGACACGACAUUGAAAUGCCGGUGAUGAGAUGUGUUGGGAUAUCAUCGCUGGCAGCUGCACUCAGGAGCCCAAAUGCAGGAGUGAAAUUGCCACUUCUAGUCCCUUAUUUCCUAUGGAAACCGCCUUCCACACCCCAGCACCUGCUGUCCUCACUGGAAAGCUCCAUCAGGACUGCCGUCACUCUUGUGUUAGUUUUGCUUCCGUUGCUACCGCAGUGCACAUCCCUCUCACUUUGCCAGUAACCACUCGAUUUCCAAUGGCUGCAGUCUACGAACCUGCUGAUGACUUUUUUUUAACGUAGUACAACAAAGUGACAGUUGUGACAGGCUUACCUUGGAAGAUUUGUCAUUUUUACUGCCAAUUUUUUGGAUGAAGAUGUUUUUAUAAAUCCUUCAAAAUGGUCUACAAAUCGAGUAGGAAUUGCACAACUAACUCAAUACUGUGUGUUCUCAAGAAGCUCCCUUCACGAGGCCCACCGUAGACAGCCGAGUCUGCACAUUAGAGGCAUUCCGGGAAAGAAAGCAGUGAUCCUCCCAGCGAGCAUCGCACCCAUGACUUCUCCGGGAGCACUCACACGGUCACUGACAACUAGGACGAGUCGUAGGACCUAGAGCACCGCGUCAUCAGACUUACCCAGUCUUGCCCCGCCCUCCCUGCUAACAUCGAUGUGUGUGCAGUUACCUUCUGAGCUUGGAACAAGCAGGCUGGAAUUUUCCUCUGCUACCUCUUGUGUACAAAAUCUUGUUUAUAAAAUCUCAAAGGGAAGUAGAUAGACUGGGGAAGAAUCUUAAUUCUAAAUUUGGUUUAUGAAUGGCAGCAUUCUUAGCUUCUAAGGGUAUAAAAUAAAUUUUUCAAAAAUGGA